UUUUUCAACACACCGUUCUCCUAGCUACAAGAGACAAUGAGUGAGACGUUGAUAAACACAUCGAGAAUGUAGUUCAGAGGAAAAAAUUUAUCAAUCCGAGUGCAAGGGGAUGGGGUGCAGUGAAUCCAAGCCAUCUCAAGGCAACGGGAGAGCCGAAGCUGAGGCAAUUAUUUCAUCCAAUGGAAACGGAUUGCAGGAGACAGAGCCGGCAAAAACCAAAGCAACGGAUAAUUCGCCACAAGACGUGAACCCAAUCCAAUUAAAUUCCACUCACGAAAGCGUUAAAAGACCUGAAGAGUCGAACAUUAUGAAACCACUGAGAGCAAGGCCAUCCGGUCUGGAAAACGCCUGGGGUAACACAAGAGUCGUAAAUAAAAACCUCGAAAAUACUUUCAACAAGCCGCAAGUACAAAAGGUGGACGACUUUGGCAGCGAAUAUGGAAAAGAUGGUGUUGAUUUAGCUUCAAGUCACGUUCAAAGCAUGCAGGAUACUGAGAAAUUCGUCAGUAACUCGCUUGGUGCGCGAACAUCCCCCGAUGGUACAUACAGCGCUGAUUACAAUGAGAGACUGAACCAUGAACGCCCUGGUAUCCAUAAGAAAGAAUCAGAUGAAUCUUUCGAUCCGUCGAAAUUAAUAGAUAUUGAAAAAUUCAAAGCGGCAAAUGCUCCAGGAAAACAGGUGCAAACGACCACCGCAAAACCAGAAUUGUCAAAAUUUGAUACUGACGUAAACCCCAACGUUCUUGAUGUCUCGAGAAAAGCAGCCAGUAAUGAUGUAGAGAGGCCGCUAAACUAUAACGAAAUUUACGACGACGAUGAAAAGCAACUGAUUGCCAGCAUAGAGAAUGACUUUGAAACAGCUUUGCCAGGAUCUGUGUUCUAACAAAUAACCGUUCCCUCCUAGAAAUCCAAAAGUAGAGAAACAGCUCGAUUCUCCUGGGAGUCACUUCCGUGAAGCUGCGUUUCUUUUAGCUUUAAGAAGUUAUUUUUGAAUGCGAUAGGAUAAAGUCAUGUUUUCAGUUUCACAUCUCCAUUCUACGGUUUCAGAUCCACGGUAUUUUCGGGCGUUUCACCCUGAUGCAUCAACGAAGUCAGAGAAGAGAAACACUAUGUAUUGUGAACGAAGUUUACCCCCAGGUGGACAUGGUAGACUGAUAAUAGCCAUACCACAGUCAUCAGUCUCACGAAUUCCACUCACAGCUCAAUUUUCCUAAUGAAAUGAAGGCGACUCAUUCGUCUGUACCAAAUAAACGGCAUAAAAUCGUGUACACAACUUACACUGUUUCAAGGAAUUCAAGUCGUUUAAGAACUAUUUUUUAUAAAGAGAAACAUAAAAGAGCCUAAGAAUUUAUCAGCGUCAAGGUUUUAACAGCAAGGAAGUAAUGUCGAACUAAGUUUGACUUCAUUUCUUUCAGUUACGGAAAACCUUGUUUGUCUCACUACAGGGGCCUUUUGAGUAUAUGCAUAUUAGAAAACGUCGAAAAGUAAAGAAGUAUUUAAAAACUGUGCAUCGUUAUUAUCCUGUACAAUAUCAAGCACAGUCUCAGAAUAAAAGUCAGAAUAUAAAAUUUUGAGUGGCUGCCCUUUCCUACUUUCCAUGGACUUUCAUCA